CUUAUUUGAUUAACUAUUUAUUUUUUGGACAAAUGACUGAAUAUAAGUUGGUUGUUGUUGGGGAUGGAGGAGUUGGAAAAUCGGCAUUAACUAUUCAAUUAAUUCAAGGCCAGUUUAUUGAAGAGUAUGACCCAACCAUUGAGGACAGUUAUCGAAAGCAGGUUCUUAUUGACGGCGAGACCUGUCUUCUUGACAUUCUAGACACGGCAGGACAGGAGGAGUAUUCUGCUAUGCGUGACCAAUAUAUGCGUACUGGCGAGGGUUUUCUUUUGGUUUUUGCGCUUAAUGAGUACAAGUCUUUUGAGAAUAUCCACGCUUAUCGUGAACAGAUCAGACGGGUAAAGGACAACGACGAGGUUCCAAUGGUUUUGGUCGGUAAUAAAUGUGAUCUCCAACAGCGAGCAGUUGACCAGCGAUCUGUACAAGAAUUGGCACGUUCUUUUGGCAUUCCAUUUAUUGACACAAGUGCUAAAACUCGCAAGCAUGUGGACGAGGCUUUUCAUGCUCUUGUGCGUGAAAUUAGAAAGUUUAAGCACAAGGAAAAGCCAAAAAGGAGGCGGAGAUGUGCCAUUAUUUAAAAUUUCUCCAGCUCUAUUAGCUACUAUAUCUCUAAAAAACACUCCUCUCUCU